UUGUUCAUGUACGGUGCCGCGCGCAUCUUUAUGUGAUUUACACAUCAGCAGCCUGUCCUCCUAAUGUCAUGCGGUAACGUAUCUUGCAGGCUAGCCAUUCGCACAUGCAUCUGUGACCGUGACGGCUGAGCUCGCGUCUACCCGAUAUCCUGGCAGCAUCCCUUGAACCUUCGAUUGGUGCGACGCAGUCAUUCGCACCUUCGACGAUCUCCAGUUGGCCCCAUCAGUUGGCCCCCAACAUGGCCAAUCCUAACGCUCCAGACGAGUCGCCGGCAGAGAUAUGGUUCGAGCAAGCUAACAAUGCGGCAGUUUACAUAGGCGCGAUUGCCUACGGCAUACACAUGGCAAUCUUCUUUAUAUGCGCGUACCAGGUAGCAACAAAGAGGCGAUUUUUGCGGUGGAUGCCUUUGAUCGUAGUCCUGUUCUCCAUGGCUACUGUAAACAUCAGCAUGAAUAUCCACUUCAACGAGAUGGCGUGGAUCGACAAUCGUAAUCAUCCGGGCGGCCCGCUUGCGUUCCUGCUGGAACAGCAAGCAAGUCGUUUCAAUACUGCGGGGAACGCUUCUGCUUUCGUAGCUACGUUUCUCGCCGAUGGUAUACUGGUCUAUCGAAUAUACAUCGUCUGGAUGAACUGGUGGAUUAUGAUCAUUCCCAUUCUCAUGUGGUUAGCCUCCGCUGUCCUAUCCGUUCUCACUACAGUUCAGGCCGCCCGUCCGAACUCGAGCCUCUGGGCUAGUGGAACGCUGGACUUCUCCGUUCCGUACUGGUCGCUAUCGAUCGCGCUCAACAUCCUCCUCACGCUGCUCCUCAUCUCGCGACUUCUCUACAUGCGGCACGUCAUCGCUUCGACACCACUAGGACAAGCGCAUGGAAAGACAUACGCGGGGAUAGCCGCAAUGGUGUUGGAGUCCGCCCUUCCCUACAGCACGAUCUCGAUUGUGUUCAUCAUCCUCUACGGCCUACAGAAUACGGCAGCAGACCUGUUCAUCCCGCUGCUGCUGCAGGUUGCGUGCAUCGCUCCGGAGCUCAUCAUCCUGCGAGUCACUCGCGGCGUGGCCUUGUCGAGCGAGCUGCUGUCAGAAGCGAGGCUGUCGGCGCUGCAUUCGGACUGCAGCGUUGUUUGGUCAGAGACAGCCGUCUCAGAUGGCGCUUCCAAGCAUAUUUCCAAGGACGUACUCCAGACGGAAGUUUAAUACAAGCCACGUGGACCCGUCAUGGGUGUAUAUGUAUGCGGAACCGAUUGGCAUGCAUUAAUGGGCGUGAUCUCUCCAGCGUUCACAAGCGACGUUCCGCCGACGGCGAGCUUCAUACACUGCGCAUAUAUCAGUCUAUAUUUAUGGUGCAUCGUCCACAUCGUUGCACAUAUGUCCGUAUGUCCAUACCUCCUGCGCAUGUGCACGGCCCUGCACAACGCAUCCUCACCUUGCAGAAUGAAGACACCGCAAGCACAUAGAAUGACUACGUUGCUGUGCUCAUCGGUGUACGAUCGCCCGCUGAGCACCAUCAGGCCAAAUCGUGAACCUGACAAACACGGCGAAGCGAGGAAGAGACUUCAUGCAUGAUUUUUCCAUCAUUACAGGGACAAAGUGGCAACAUCAGUGCCAUGUAUGUGACGACGGCUAUCGUUGUGAAUAACAAUGCACGGCCUGAGGAGG